AUGUUGGGCGCCUUCGGCUGCUGUUGUGCUUCGUUUAACUAUGCUUUCAAUUUGAUUUCGAAGCCGAUGCGGCAACGAUAUAAUUUCACUGAGCGAGAGAUGGGCACUAUUAUGACAGUGGGUCUUGUUUUAAAAUAUGUCUUGACUCCCUAUGCCUACCUUUACGACCGUGUUGGAGUCCUCCCUAUCACCGUGAUCAUGACAUCUUACUUUGUUAUCGGCACGGCCUGCCUUGCCCAAUGCUUUGCUGGUAAUAUUUCGGGAAGUGUGUUGAAGUUGAGUGUCUUCAAUGCCUUCCUGACUUGCGGUGGCUCUUUGUUCGACUUGGUGUGCUGUAUGACAAUACUGAACCAUUUUCCCUCCAACAAAGGUGCCGCUGCUGCGUUCAUCAAAGCGUUUACCGGUCUGGGAUCGGCUCUGGCAGGGUCUUUGUAUACGGCCUUCUUCAUGAAUCGCGCGGACCUGUACUUCUACUUCCUUAUGACUUUCGCGGCUGUAGUAGGGACUUUUUUCAUGAUAUUUGUACGGCAGCCACCAUACUACAUUAUGCCCUAUGAGCAGGAUCGCCUAUCGCCCGAGGAAAUCAAGGCAAGGAAGGACUGUAAGACAGCUUACCUGAGGCAGAAGCCACCUGUUGCACGUUUUAUCUAUGGCUUCGUCAUUAUAUUCUUUCUAAUUGUGUAUUUGCCCAUAUCAAGCACGUUAGUUCAGUACCGUCAUCUGAGCCAACCGUACAAAACUGCGUUUGCCGUGGUUUCAAUCGUCGCGUGGCUGAUGGUCCCCCUCAUCUCUGUUCCUUUUCCUGGUCUCAACGGUCCCAAGGCACUUCCCGGAGAGCAAGAUCAACAUAAAUCUGGAAAAGUCGUGGAGACCAAUAGCAGUGUGUUGCCCGAGGAAAGCAAGUAUUAUUUGGCUAAAGACACGUCUGUGAAUGCUCUUACGCAACCUGACUUUCAGAUUAACAAUGCUACUGAUGAACCUUCAGAGAAGGCAGAGCGCAGCGCACCGGAGACAGACAUGGACUACAUAGCGCCGCAGUACCAGCACCGGUUUGUGCGCAACCUGACGACGCUGGAGCUGUGGGGACUGUGGUGGACUAUGUUUUGCUGCAUUGGAGCUCAGUUCAUCGUUAUCUUCAACGCGAGUCAAAUUUACGCGGCACUCUCAGGCAAGGAGCCCAGCGACGCUUUGCGGGCGAUGCUAACGGUCUUCAAUGGCGUGGGUGGUGCUGUGGGCCGUCUGCUAAUGGCAUACUUUGAGAUCUGGUCCCAGAAGCGGAAGGCGGAGGACCGCGUUCCAAUUACCAUUUCGCUAUUCUUCCCCGUGGUGCCCACCAUAUUGACGUUUGUCUUGUUUCUGAUACUUCCAGUUAGUGCACUGCCACUGCCCUACGUAGUGGUCGCACUGUCAAACGGAUUUUCCGUCGCCGUUUGCGUGCUCCUGACGCGAACCAUUUAUGCGAGGGACUCGGCUCUGCAUUACAACUUCUGCUUCAUCGCGGUGGGAGCGUCAUCGGUUGUUUUUAAUCGUUUUCUAUACGCGGAGUGGUACGCAUACCAGACUGAGAAGCGUGGCAAUUCCUCUGUAUGCUUCGACAAGGCGUGCGUGUUGAUGCCGAUGAUUGUGCUGAUUGCACUAGGUUGCAGUGCGUUGCUGUCAAGUUUUGUUGUGCACAUCCGCUACCGAACUUUCUAUAUCCAUGCUCUGAAGGAACGCGCGCGUAUACGCAUGGCCGCAAUGGAGGAUGCUGGCCAACGACGACCAGACCAGGUGAAUGAUGCAUUGGUGCAUCGCGAUGUGUGA